CACAAAGAAUGUCCCAAACAGCCUUUCUCGCAAUGUCUGCUCAUUUGUCAGCGGAUGAGGUCAGCGGGUAAAUAUCGGCUUAGGGCUCUGCAACUGCAGGAGCGUAUCGGGGUUAGCCCACUCCACGCACUUGCCUUUCAAAAACCCAUGCAACUUUUUCUUCACACUUUCAGCUUCCAUCAACGAACGUCAAGUCACCGCCAACCCGUCGCCCAACAAUCACAAUGGCCCCCCAGAAGAAGAGCAAGAAGGAUGCCAACAGCAUCAACUCCAAGUUGGCGCUUGUUAUGAAGUCCGGAAAGGUCACUCUCGGCUACAAGUCUACCCUCAAGAGCCUCCGAUCCGGCAAGGCCAAGCUCAUCAUCAUUGCUGGCAACACUCCUCCUCUCCGCAAGUCUGAGCUCGAGUACUACAGCAUGCUGUCCAAGGCCCCCAUCCACCACUUCUCUGGCAACAACAUUGAGCUCGGUACCGCCUGCGGUAAGCUCUUCCGUUGCUCCACCAUGGCCAUCCUCGACGCUGGUGACUCCGACAUUCUCAGCGACCAGCAGGCUUAAGUGUCUCGCUGAUAGAGAAUGCAUUUUAUGGCGUUUGGGGUAAAAUGGGUCCAGGGCAUUUGAGGAUAUACCAAUCUGAGUGAUGAAAAAGCGACAACUCUUAGUGAGAACAUGCGAUGCAAGAAAGCUGGCAGUUCUCCCCUUGACCUAUGCGUCUUGGGCUUCGUUGGACUUGGUAUCGAUUACCAGUUCAAGCCAAUAAAAAAUAAAGCUCAUGAACAUUGUUCCCCGCCAA